UGUACGGGUAGACCGCGUUAGUGCUGCCGAUGUGCGUGCGCCUCACAGUCGUACACGUGAUUCUUGUUUUGUGUUCGGUUCUCUUUUGGUGUUUUCCGUGUGCAUUAUCCGACCAAUUGACAUUGCUGCGUUCUUCACUGGAUUUUACGUUGAAAAACAGCCAAAAUGGAUAUGGAAUCCCUGUACGACUACGGGGAUGAGGAACAGGACUUCUACGAGGAGAGUCCCGGGACCAGGAAGGGCUAUCCCAUCGAUCACAGAUCCAUCAAGCGCGAUGCUAGAGGCGUGGGCAGCUAUCUGGGAGGCGGCAGCAUUAGCGACGGCGGCGGCAUGUUGACGGUUAUGGCGAAGUUGAUGAAACAAGAGCUGGCCUCUGACGCCGAGGAAGAGGGCCUGGUGCCAGCCCUCCCCGGCAGGUUUACCUCGAUGCGGAAGGUGCCAUCUCUCUCCGACCUGUCCGAUCCAGAGAGCUCCCUAGAUAUACCGGCGCAAGUGCCGCCGUUAACGCCUGGGACCAACAAGAAGAUGACCGAGGCCCUGGAGGCUUCUUUCGCCUCCUGGGAAAAGGAACGAGUCCGCCUCAACAUAACCAAAGACCCGAGGCAAUGGUCGGAAGCAGCUGUCGCUCACUGGUUGCACUGGGCGAUCGGGGAGUUUUCCCUGGAGGGUGUGGCGAUGCAGCCCUGGCAACACAUGACCGGGAAACAGAUUUGUGCCAUGGGGAAGGAAUCCUUUCUGGCACGUGCUCCGGCCUUCAUGGGCGAUAUCCUGUGGGAGCACCUCGAGAUCCUGCAGAAAGAUGUCGACGCGGCGAAGGCCUCUCUGGAGAACGUGCCGAGCAACGUGUACGAAAGUGUAUGCGUGCCAGAUUUAGGCGAUUUCUUGGGAUACCAGGGCGCGGCCCAUCAGGUGGCGACGCCGGAACACAAGAGCCCAGCGACGCCCGCGAGUUCCACCACCUCGAACUCCUCGGGCCCUCAAACCGGGACUCAACCGCCGUCCACGUUGCAACCGACCUCCGGUGCAGUUUCUCUACCCUCGAGACAGUAUCAUAACGAUGGGGGCUACAGUCAUCUACGCAGUCCCGUGUGCCAAGACGAGAAUCAGAGGGACGAGACCUCGCCUCCACCGCAUAGCCAUAGCACUCAAGCACCGAACUCUCAUUCCAGUACUCCGAACAGCAAUAAUAACAAUAAUAACAAUAACAGCGCGAACAGCGCUUACAUACAUCUACGGAACUUAAACCAACUCAAGACGGAGUCGAAUUACAGCAAUCAUCAUAUAACGGAGCACCUGCAAGGGGGCGGCGGAGGGUUGACAAGUGGCAACGAUCUCACGGGUACAGGGACCAGCGAAAGCGACCUCAGGGUCAGCCAGACCGCGACGGAGAGUUACAUGACUCCGGCCCAUUAUUCCGGAUACGACGAGGCCUCAGAGUACCACAGCCUGUCGCAGGAUCAUCAGCCGCCUCAUCCUUACAAUCUGGACGGUUCGCCGGAGUUUUACAGCACCAGUGGUAUCCACCUCGAGCCGAAGUACCAACCGUCGCCGUUCAAAAACUACCCUCGGGGUCGUUACCAUGAAGGAUACAGUGAGAGCGGUGGUUACGGGCAGUAUGACGCGACACCAUUCCAAACGGUCCCUGGAAGCGGAAGCGGAGGUGGAGGUGGCGGCGUUGGCGGUGAUCAAUGGGCAGUUGGUCCCGUUGGAGAACACCUGUCCCAUCAUCCCGCUUUUCUCGCGAGCCUCGGCCCACGAGACUCUUCCAAUCCUCAUCAUCCUUCGUCUAUUGGCAACAAUCCGGACCAGAAGCCUCUGUUGCAGAGCGCGAUGAUCGCCGGUUACACAAGCAGCGGACCCUGCUUCACUGGAUCAGGCCCCAUUCAGCUCUGGCAGUUUCUGCUAGAACUCCUAACAGACAAGUCGUGCCAAGGUUUCAUCUCGUGGACCGGCGAUGGCUGGGAAUUCAAGCUGACAGAUCCGGACGAAGUGGCUCGUCGCUGGGGCAUUCGCAAGAACAAGCCUAAAAUGAACUACGAGAAGCUGAGUCGCGGUCUUCGCUAUUACUAUGACAAGAAUAUUAUACACAAGACCGCUGGAAAGCGAUACGUCUAUCGCUUUGUCUGUGACUUACAGAGUCUCCUAGGAUAUAGUCCAGAAGAGCUACACGCAAUGGUGGACUUGAAACCAGAAAAGAAGGAAGAAGACUGAGUUUUUGUUACUGGACGUGUUUGAGGACUAUGUCGUAUAUCGAUGAAUGCAAAGAAUUCGUAGAUAUCGCACUGGAACAAAGAUGAAACUAAAAAAUGUAACGAACAAUGUGUAACGAACAAACGAUGGAGGAACAAACCAACUGUGUAUCGCUAACGAAAGAAUUCUUUAAUGACGGAAGACUAACAAUCCAUGUCUUCUAACGUUCAGAUAUACUAAAAUUAUACCUUAUUUGGGUAUAAUAAAAUCGAAUCGGUCGUAUGUACCAAAGACAGGGUCUGCAUACCAUUGGUGCCUAAAGUUAAUGACUAAAAAAAUUGUGAAUUUGUUUCUAAGUGAUUAAUUUUGCCAAGCCAGAUUUUAGAAGAUAUUUAUAGGAAAUAACUCAACAAUUUAUACAUAUUAUAUAUAUAUAUUAUACAUAUAAAUAUAUAUAAAUAUAUAUAUAUAUAUUUUUAAUGUUACAUGAUUUCUAAGCACUACGUCAAGCACACGAUGCGUCUAAAUUAUUUAUGUCCCCCAUCAUUUUAAACGUGCGUGUUAUAUCUCGUUGAUAGAUGACACCCAUAUGUGAUUGUUAUUACUAUAAUUUUACUACAAUAAAGCCAUUAUACCAUUUUAUUAGACGGCGAGCUUUCAAUCCGACAUUUCGAUGCUUUUCUACGUGUAGAUUAUCACUAAGUUUAGUAUUACGUUUCCAAGCUCGCUAGCUGCAACAACUAUAGACACUCGUUUUAUACUAUCAUUGAUUCUCCUAUCUCACUUUCUCUCGAUGUCUGUUGUGCGACCAGGCCCAGGUAUAACGUCGGAGAAUUAUAAUAAUUAAGAUCGUUUCGGGCGCGAAAAAGGUAUGCUGUUAAUUUCGCUGCAAGUCUAUAUGUUUUGGCGCGUUUCUUCCUUAACGAAAUCGUUUUGUUUCGUUGAUCUCUAUUAUUUCCUAACGAUAAAACAGAAAAAUUGUUUUCGAAGGAGGGGACGACGUGUGCAACCAGUGUUCAAAAAACCAUAGGUGCAAACCAACAGUAUUUGCAAUAGAAAACGAUAAAUCGCCUCUUAAAAAAAGCUUGUUGCAACAAUUCGUUUCGAACAACAUUUUCAAACUGGUAAUUCGAAAAUACAAUUUUCAGAUUUAAAUCGAGGCGGACAGGUGCGCGGUUACUUCUCUUAUUUCAAAUACCGUUUUAAUUGUAUCAGUAAUGCAUUGUACGCAUGUAAAAAAAGAGCAUCUGUUUCGUAAAAAAAAAAAAAAAGGUUAUUUCACAAAUCUACCAAUUAUAAAUAUGUCUACGGUGACAUAGCAAUAAUUAAAGUAUAUGAAUACUUUUGCGAUCUUCAAUUGUAUAUAAUAUGUAUACGUCCGAUAAGUAGAACACUAGGUAAAGCAUGCGUAGAUAAAAUUCGAAGAUAAUGUUACGAUUAGUUUGCGUGAUUCACCGUAUCUGAACGAACGUAUUUUAUUUUAUUUUGUUUUCUAAAUUGUAAAAAUGUUGGUCCAUUGGACGUAAAUAUAAUAAUGUCGAUAUAUUGAUACGUUACGACGAAUGAAACUAGAGGAGCGAGGAACUUUUUUUACACGCGUUACGUAUCUAUAUGUGUACGUAUAUGUAACUACGUAUUUUACGUAAAUUAAGCUUCCUUUUUUUUAACUGCGUUUUGUUGAACGUUCGCGCAAAGAGCCGGAUAGUAAAACGACGGUUGAACCAAACGAUGAUAGAACGACAUUCGACGAUAAAUCUAUAUAAAAGAGAAAGUUCUGUCGAUCGACGAUCGAUCGCUACUUGAACUAUGUUUAACUAUGGAAAAAUUUAGUUAAUCCCAGAACUUAGGGAUCCUGGCAUAUCCGUCACGAUUGUUAAGUUUUCUAUAUGUAAUACGGAUUAUAAUUUAGGCACGUCUGUAUAAUAAUCGGAACGUGGUUAACAGUGUACUAAUUUCGAAAGCGACUCACGAACGCAAACGUCGAACGAAAUCGAUGGAAGCAUUACGGAAUAUGCAUUUCGAAUUUAUACGAGCAUCAAUAGGGUACACGCGUUACGCGUAAUAUCAUUUUUAUUUCAAGUCCUUCCUCUUAUGCACACAACUGAACGUUCGUAAAUUGUAUUGAAUACUCUUAGCCGAAUAAAAAGAGAGAACAGAAAUUGUUAUUGUAUAAAAUUCUACGUACUCUGUGUGUAAAAGUAUUCGAUCAUCGUUUUCGACAAUUAUGCGAGGUUGCGACA